AUGGAUCACAAGGUUUUCAUUUUCGCAGUUUCGUUAUUGGUGGCCUAUCUAGGCUGCGGAGAGGCGCCCUAUAUCAAAAUGACAAAUGCUGUGUGCAAAUCGUAUAACAAAUCGUGGGUAGUUAUUCACUACUGCCGCCUGAAGGCCUAUUCCCGAACCAAGACCAGCUUGAAUAUAAAUGCCACGUUCAUAGAGCCAGCCAGAAAUAUAUCAGUUCACUUCAAGAUGAUGAAGAAGGCCAAUGGGUAUAAGCCCUUUUUGUACGAGUUCACCUUCGACGCCUGCCAGUUCAUGCGAAGGCGCAACCAGCCAGUUGCCAAGAUCAUCUGGCACAUGAUCCGGAACGUGUCCACCAUCAACCACACCUGUCCCUAUCAGGGCUUGCAGAUGCUGAGCGACUUCCACAAAGUCGAUGUCCCUGUGCCACUGCCAUCUGGGGACUAUCUAUUAAUUAUCGAUUGGUUGUUCGAUGGCAGAACGCAGUUCGCCACGAAUGUAUAUUUCGCAUACAUGGAGGACUUACUGCCGACGAGCUCGAAGCACAGGAGGGGCAGUAAGGAGUUCCCCCACGUUCUGAACUGA